GUCAAGCAAGGGCUCUGUGAGUCCCACAACAAACCUCGCCGGGACACAGUGACGCCACACCACGGAAUGCACGCGGACGCCCAGAUACGGCUGCCGCCCUGCCACUUCCGCCCCUCAGAAACAUGGCGACCCCGGGGCCCGCCCUGGAUUGGACGCUGGCGGCCGCCCCCGGACAGAUGGCGAUCGCUAUUGGCCGAGGGCUGGAUGACGUCAGGGGCGGGGUCGGGGCUCAGAAUGGGAGCAGCAUGCCGCCUCCCGGCCUCUUGCACGCCGGGCUGUGGCUGAGUCGCGCCAUGAGCCGGUGCGUUUUGGAACCCCGGCCUCCGGGGAAGCGGUGGCUGGUGGCCGGCCUAGGGAACCCUGGACUGCCCGGCACGCGACAUAGCGUGGGCAUGGCGGUGCUGGGGCAACUGGCACGGCGGCUGGGUGUGGCGGAGAGCUGGGCGCGCGACCGCCGCUGCGUCGCCGACCUCGCCCUGGCCUCGCUCGGGGAUGCCCAGCUGGUCCUGCUCCGGCCACGGCGGCUCAUGAAUGCCAACGGGCGCAGCGUGGCCCGGGCCGCGGAGCUGUUCGGGCUGACUGCUGAGGAGGUCUACCUGGUGCAUGAUGAGCUGGACAAGCCCUUGGGGAAACUGGCUCUGAAGCUAGGGGGAAGCGCCAGGGGCCACAAUGGAGUUCGUUCCUGCAUUACCUGCCUCAACUCCAGUGCAAUGCCUCGGCUGCGGGUGGGCAUAGGGCGCCCGACGCACCCUGACGCAGUGCAGGCGCACGUGCUGGGCUCCUUCUCCUCUGCGGAGCAGGAGCUGCUCCCUCCGCUGCUGGAGCGUGCCACCGACCUUCUCUUGGACCACAUCCGCCAGCGAAGCCAGGGGCCCUUAUCAGGCACCUGACACCAGUGGACAUGGCUGCCUGCCUGACUGCCAUGCCCACGCACCCAGCCACAUCCACAGAGGUGCCAUGCCAACCUGUGGUACCACUUUUUAUAUAUCUCUUUUCUGGGCUGUUCCAGGCCUCCUGUGGAUUAAAGGGGGGACUGGGGCCUGAUUGGUCCAUUUCUGGGAGUGGGGGGUUGGUCUUCUCUGUGUCUUACUUGGAAAGUAGGGAAACUUCAGGAAGACUAAGCUUUUUGAAUCUUUUUGUAGAACCAGAGGUGUGGAUCUGUAAGAUUAAAGAUGCCAGCUUGGAAGCUGAGGCCUCCUUGGGGUUCCUACCCCUCCCACGCCUAUGGAAGAGUGGCCCAGCAAGCCCCUCUCCCAGGGACUGUGUGCGCAUGCCUGAGCCCACUGAGGCCUUGCCGCGCCUUUCUUCAGCCCAUUUUACAGAUGGGGAAAUGGAGGCUUAGAGAGGUCCAGCCACAUCCCCCCAGGUGCUGUGUGGCCGCACUGGGAUCUACACCCAGGGCUGGCUGCCAUCUUGCUGUCAUUGGGUCCCCAGGCGCUCUCACCUCAGUGCCGCUGUGUGUGUGGAAGGCUCCCACACGGGUGGUGCGCGAGAGCAGCCUGAGGUCCUCGGGGUUGGGUGGGAUGUGGGUCCGUCGAGGCACCAGGCCCAGGUCCCCCAGUUGGUAGGGCGUGAUGUUGGACAGCUGCUGCAGCAGAGAACCCAUCUUGGAUGGCUGGGCGCUGGACCGGCUGCGGGGAGGGGGCUAGUGUCAUCACGACUUUGUUCCAUAGAUGAGAAAGCUGAGGUUGAGAAAGGCUUUGGGGACCCCGAAUUCUAGCUCAGGGUCACUGAGGACAGCCCUUGGACAAGUCCGAUAGCUACUUCUGAGGUCACACAGGGUCACUCACCUCUCCUUGGUUGAGCCACGGGGCUGGCUGUCUUUGUGGGGACAAGGAACCAGCUGGAGGCUUAGGACCAUGGCUGAGCUGAGCAUGGCCAGCAGCUGCUGCAGCAUCUCCUUGCGCUGCAGCUGGAACACUACAUCGAAGUCGCCGUCCUCUCCUUCCGGUUGCAUCUGCCGGUGCGGAGGCGGGGGGUGGGGGAUGGGCCCGUGGGGAUCAGGUCCUCCGCGGCCCCAACACCCACCGCUGGGAAACUCCAGCUCCAGUGCCUGUAUUUGUGAAGUGUUCCCUGGCUGUGGUGGGGUAUCUAUUCUCCACAUAGGAAGACUGAGGCCCGAGGCCUUCCAGGGCCUCAGAGGACUCCAUCCAGGUCCUUUGAGACUUUGGAGGGAUCUUCGAAGUGCAGAAUCAGAAAAAGAUAGACUUGCCAGGAGUCUCUCAGGGGAAAGUCGGGGGCGCUGCUGGCCCUGGCCCUGGCCCGGCCUUCUCCGCGUGACUCACUUAUCACUGAGCACCUUCUAUCCUCGGCCUGCUGCCUCUUGCCCCCCACUUUCACCCACUUGCAGUUCACCUGCAGCAUGCUCCGUAGGAAGGAGGUGGCUUGGCCCAGAGCCGUCUCCAGACUUGCCCGAACCUUCUGCUCCUCGGUCAGCUCCUGCUGUAGCCGCUGCACCUUAGCCUGCUGCCGCUCCAGCUGCACGCUCAGCUGGUCUCUCUGGCUCCUGGCUCCGGGGUCAGACGAGUCAGCCACCUCCCUGCCCCAGGGCAGUGGGCCCUGCCAUUUCUCUUUAGCCCACAGGGGUCCUCAUCCAGCCUCAGGCCUCAGCCUGUUUGACAGAGGAAGCCUCAAGGCACCUCUAGAGAAGGGAAGUCACUGGCCUGUGUCCUGUGGCCCUAAAGGGAUGGGCUCCCGCCCUGCCCCCACCACUUGCCCCUCACCUCAGUGCCUCCGCGUCCUGCUGCAGCUGCAGGAGGCUCUGCUCCAGGUUGCUUUGCAAAAGGCGCAGCUGCUCAGCCUCCACUUUGCUGUGCUGCUGCUCAUGGCACUUCUCCGUCAGCAUGACAAUGAUCUGCAGGUGCGGGCAGGUGGCCAUGCCCUGGGCCCACUGUGGGCCCUCAGCCAGCCCCGCUCCCCCAGCUCCAGACUCGGCCAGGGCUCUGGACAGCAGCUGGGCAGAGCGCCCAGCCCUCCGGGAGUGGGCUCCGCUUCCACGAGUUAUGGGGGCUUUAAACCAAAUAAAGAAAAACUAGGGCCAGCACCCCAGAGCCACUACAUGGAGGGUCCCCGACCUCUCACUGCUGCUUCCCUCGUAACCUGGCUCCAGCUUGGGUCCUGCGUUUGCCCUGAGGGCAGGGCCCCUAGGGUUCCCUCCUGCUUUAUGUGUCAGACACCCUGUGAUGAAGGUCUGGCUGGCACACCUUCUGGUGGCCUCUGCUGUGCCUGGCCAUGAUCUCCUUGGCGUCUUCCAGCAGCUCCAGCUGUCUGCACAGCUUGUCCUGGGCGCACUUGAGCUGCUCAUUCUCCCGCAACAGCUGCAUGCCGUGCUGGGAGACCCUGGACAGCUGCAGGCUCAUGCUGUUGUUCUCCAGGAUGGCCCGCUUUGUCGUGUCCCACAUCUGGCUCGUGGUCACCUUGCGGAACUCAGUGGCCACCAGGUUCACACGCUGGAUGAUCUCCUUCUUCAAUCUAGCCAAGAUGGGUGGGAGCGAGAGGCGUUGGGCAGAGUGGGCACAGGCCUCAGGCACCCACCCUUCCUAUGUGGGGGGGUCCCCAGUGCACCUAGAGCCACCUCUCCACUCCUGCCCCAGGAGGGGAGGGGCCGCAGGCAUGGGGCUUUUCACUGUAGACCUUUGUACCUUUGGAAUUGUAAACCAAAUCACUGUAUUAUUAAAGAUGAUUUAAGUCACAAAACGUGGCAAAAGGAA